AUGUCACAGCACUGCAGACCGCUGCGAAAAGCCGUCUCUACGACACGCUCGGCCAUCCGUUCCUAUGCAACCCAGGCAGCGCGGCCGGCAAAGCGGAAGUUGAAUGUGCCCAUUGAUUUCGGAAACACACCUCUUCUGCACCAUUCCGCAAAGAGCUUUCCACAAACGCCUGGUCUCCCGCAGGACAGCUCUUCGACACGGUUGAAUCUCUGCCAGGCAGUGAACGAAGGCUUGAGAACUGCUUUGAGGGAGGACAACAAGGUGCUCUGUUUUGGCGAGGAUGUCGCCUUCGGCGGCGUCUUUCGGUGCACGCUGAAUCUGCAGUCGGAAUUUGGGCCGGAUAGAGUUUUCAACACGCCCAUCACCGAGCAGGGCAUUGUGGGAGCGGCGAUUGGCAUGGCCGCCGAGGGCGCGAAACCGGUGGUUGAGAUCCAGUUUGCGGACUAUGUUUUUCCAGCCUUCGACCAGAUUGUGAAUGAGGCUUCAAAGUUUCGGUACCGAGAGGGCUCGACAGGUGCCAACCUGGCUGGUAUGGUGAUCAGGAUGCCCUGUGGUGGAGUGGGACACGGUGCCUUAUAUCACACUCAAUCUCCGGAGUCGCUCUUUUGCCAUGUGCCGGGCUUCAAAGUUGUCGUCCCCCGAUCACCAUCCCAAGCGAAAGGGCUUCUUCUCUCUUCGAUCCUUGAGUCCAAAGAUCCGGUGAUUUUCAUGGAACCAAAGAUCCUCUACCGCGCCGCUGUCGAAGAAGUCCCCGAUGAGCUCUAUACCCUUCCGCUAUGUGAAGCGGAAGUCGUCAAGCCUGGAGCCGAUCUGACCAUAAUCUCCUAUGGUCGCCCUCUGUAUAAUUGCCUUGCGGCUAUUGAGGCGGCAGAGAAAGUUUCCCCGGGCAUCAGUAUCGAGCUGAUCGAUCUGCGGACGAUAUAUCCGUGGGACAGAAAGACGAUUUUGGACAGUGUGUCGAAGACGGGACGGGCCAUCGUUGUUCAUGAGAGUAUGGUCAACUAUGGCGUUGGAUCGGAGAUCGCUGCAACGAUUCAAGAACGGGCGCUCCUGUCUCUUCAGGCGCCGGUGAAGCGACUGGGUGGUUGGACUACGCAUACCGGGUUGGCGUGGGAGAAGUUUAUUUUCCCCGAUGUCACGAGGAUAUAUGAUGCCAUCCUGGAAGUGUUGGAGUUUUGAGCGGGUGUUGCAGAAGUAUAUAGAGCGAGGAUACCAGGAAUGAGCAAAAAUUGAAUCUCGGGCAUGGCACUGGGUCAGAGAGCUUCUGGCGUUCGGGGGUCUGCAUUCAACCUCAAGUCUAUUACUACCUACAGCCGUAUUACUCGAGGAUAUUACAGAGCUUUGAGGCCGCCUUCAUAG